AUGGAGAGUGUUGGUCACGUUUUGUUCAUGGUGGAGAGAUGUGAGGACAGCAGGGAGUCCAUGGCAGUGAGGGCAUCAGAGGGUAAUGGGGAUGAGGAUGACUGCAUGCUGACCAGCCCCAGCAGCCCAGUGGCUCCAUUUCUCCAAGCUGAGGGUGAUGAUGGGGGCAGAAGACAGGAGGAGCAAGAUAAUUUCAAGGUCACUGCACCCCAGAAUGUAGUGGGCAUUGUCGGCCAGGACACAAUCCUUCCUUGCAUCGUCUCUUCCACAAAGCCACUGGACACCCCUGAAGUGCAAUGGAAGAACCUUAUAGAUGGGCAUCUGGAAAACAUCUACACAUAUGGGCAGUUUGGUGGUGAACCAGUGCAGAAAUACCGUGGGCGGACAUCAGUGCCAGGAGAUGGAUUUGCCACUGGGAACGUGUCCCUGACAUUGAAGAAUGUCCAGCCAGCAGAUGAAGGAAGAUACAUUUGCAUUGUGGAGUCCAGGGACUGGAUGGAUGAAUCGGACACCUGGCUCAGCAUUGCAGGUACUGGUGAAGUGUUCAUUGAAAUUCUGGGCUCCCAGGGGAAAGGGCUCGAGCUUGCCUGCAGAUCACAUGGAUGGUUCCCUGAACCUACUGUCCGGUGGGUUACUGAGAAUGAGCAGGAACUGUCUGCAGACACUGAGACACACCAGGACAGUGAGAAACUCUUCAGUGUGCUGAGCCGCAUCACAGUUACAGAAGAGCAAGUUGGAAAAGUCACCUGUCAAAUCCUGAACCCCCUAGUGCAGAUGACAAAGAAAACUACUGUGUGCCUCUCAGGCUUGAAGUGGAUGGAGGUCAAUCCCUGUUAA